UGAGCGCGAUUCUAUUGGUGGAGCCGAGCGGGGCGCUGCGGGCCAAUCAGGCAUCAGUUUGCUCCAACGCUCCUAAUAACAUUUGAGGCAGAAAGGAGAGAGGCAGCGCUCGAAGAUGGAGAGCUCCUCAGUGUAUAUGUGUUUUCCCUGUUACCGGGAGUUCCCCACGCUGGAGGAAGUCCUGACCCAUCAGCUGACCUGCACUGCCGAGAGUACCGAGCCCCUGCCUGCUGGGACCCCCGUGGAGGCGGCUGUCGCUGCUGGUCUACAAGAGUCAGUGGCUGUUUCUGAAGUGGUGGAAGGCGUCGUAGAGGAGCAUGAAGCGGUUCUGUCCGGUGCUGAUGUUCCGCGGGUUCUUUAUCAGUGUGCUGACUGCGAACUGCUCUUUGAUGCGCUCUCGCUGUGGCAGCAGCACCGCAAGAUGGGCUGCUGUCAGGAGACGGGACCCGGGCCUGGAGAAGAGCAGGCAGAGGCUACAGAGUCAAUGCUAGAACCUCCUGAGCAGUCAGAAAGUGAGAACACGGAUCACAGAGAGCAAGAGCAAGCAGAGGGAGGAGAUGAGCAUCAAGAGCCCAUGGAGACUUCAGUUCAAGGGAACGAAGAGUUAAUGGAGAGAAACCCAGAAGAAGCUGUGGAGGCUGAUGCUUCCCAGCAUCAUGUUGCUCAAAGCAGCAUUGAGCACCCUGAACCUGAGAUCUCCAAGGCUCCAGCUGCCGAAUCGGUGGAGGAACAGAGCCCUCCUGUAAGACGGAGAAGCCAAAAAAAGGCCAAGCCUCCCUCCAGCCUGCUCUGCGUGGAGUGCGGCCAGUGUUUCAGCUUGGUCUCUGAGCUGGUUGCCCACCGCAAGACGGCACAUGGGCUGAAGGAUGCCAUCCACCGCUGCACAGUGUGUGGAGAAGGCUUCAUCAACACCACGCUGUUCCUCUACCACCGCAAACAGCACCGUACCCAAGUGGAGGAGGAGCAGAGGGAGCCUCCUCCACCUGUGCCACAGCUCAACACGGCCCUGCUGGAGGCGCCCGGAGAGGGCCUGCUACUGCUGGCCACCGCAGGUGAAGGCCAGAGCCUGCUGGAGAUCACAAGCCUGGAGCAGACCGUUCCUGAGGGAGUUCCUGUUGCUCAUGUGGAGGUGGAGCUGGACCCUGAGAGAGCGAGAGGAGAUGAGGGCCAACAAAGUGCCGAGGAACCUGGAGAAACUGUGGAAGAAUGCAGCGGAGAAAUGGAAAUUGAUGGGAUUGUGAACAUGGAGAUGGAAAAGGUGUCAGAAGAAGAGGAAGAUGGCAAAAAUGUAGAGGAAGUAGUUGAAGAGAACCAGGUGAACCUGGAGGCUAAUGAUGAACAUGAAGCACACAUUGAUGUGGCACCCCCUUCUACAAGUUCUGAAGGCCAGAAUUUUCUUUGUAGUCAAUGUGGGUCGUCAUUCAAGGGCAAGUACGAGUUUGUGCAGCACCGCAGUACUGAACAUGGCCUGAUGGAGGCCGUCCACACUUGCACCGAAUGUGGCGAAGAGUUUAUGAGCACCACUCAGUUCCUGUACCAUCGUAGGGAACACCGCAGGACCUUUCCGGAAGGACUACCCUCAUCUCCUGGGGCCAGACACGGACUCGGUCAAAUCUUUACAUCUCCAGCCAAACAAAGGGACAUCAUACUGCUUAGACGGUCAGAUUCCGGGCACACCCAAAGCUCGACCGAAGCCUCCGGAGCGUUGCCAGAAACAAACAUCGAGGCGCCGGCCAAGCUGAGCCGUGAUUGGUCCCGCACUCCGCUGCCCCACGAGUGCCCGCACUGCGGACGCGGCUUCACACGCCGCAGCCUCCUCCGCGAGCACGUCUUCCACCACACCGGCGAGAAGCUCUUCAACUGCCACAUCUGCAAGAAGAGCUUCCCUUCGCCGGCCAGCCUGCUGCGGCACAGCAUGACCCACGGAGCCUCCCGUGCCUUCUCCUGCCCCAUCUGCGCCAAGGGCUUCUUCCAGCCCACCUCGCUCAAGCGCCACAUGCUCACCCACGAGGAGGCUGAUGGCGACAAGAGGAUCAGGGUGCGGGGGAGGGGGAAACGCUCCCUUGGCGACGGCCGUCUGCACGCCUGCCCCGACUGCCCGGCCAGCUUCAAGUUGGACUCACAGCUGCAGACCCACAGACUGCUGCACACCAGCCACCCAUUCCCAUGUAACGUGUGCGGGGAGGCAUUUAAGCGGCGGAAGGAGCUCGACCUGCACUCUCUCGUACACCAAGACAAGGAGCCGAAGUUGUGUCCUCAGUGCGGUUCUCAGUUUCUGAACCAGGCGGUGUUGGACCUGCAUCUGCAGCGCUGCACGGGGGAGCCGCAGCAGCGCCGCCGCUAUAAAGGUCUCGGCCGUGGCCGGGUGGGCGGACAGCUCGAAUGUGACAUGUGCGGACACCGCUGCGUCACGCAGGACGGCCUGGACCUGCACCGGCUCUCGCACACCGGCCAGACGCCCCUGCGCUGCCCCCUCGUACCCUGCAGGCGACGCUUCGCCUCCAGCUCCGCCCUGGCCGAGCACGUUCUGGCGCACUGCCGCGGCGCAAUGGGGAAACGGAGCGCCCCCCGCCGCUUCGCCUGCGAGUUCUGCGGCAAGGAGUUCGCCUACGCAUCCACGUUCGCCGUGCACAUGCGCACACACACUGACGAGAGGCCCUUUGAGUGCACUCAGUGUGGUAAGCGUUUCCGGCAGCUGCCCCACCUGCAGGACCACGAGCGGAUCCACAGCGGCGAGCGGCCCUUCACCUGCUGGGUUUGCGGCAAAAGCUUCAGCGUGGCGGCCCGCCUGACGGAACACGCCCGCGUGCACAGCGGUGAGCGGCCCUACGCCUGCCCCCGCUGCCCCACCGCCUUCCGCUCGCGCCCCAACCUCGACAAGCACCUGCGGCUCCAUGCCUGCGACCCCUCCGACCCCAACCAGGCCGCCGCCCAAGCCGCGCUGGACCAGGACCAGGCCGUGCAGACCAUCCUGCUGGUGCAGGAGGGUCCGUCUUCACCCUCUCCGGCGUCAGCCUCCGUCCAGGAGGGCGCGCUGGUGGCCGAAACGGAGAACGGAUCGUCCGUGGUCUUCCUGCAUCCCAACAUCACUGUGCCCACCAUUCCCUCGGUCACGGUGCCCACCAUCUCAGUGGUGGCGGGCCAGGAGGUGCCGCACACCAUAGAGUUCAUUAUCGAGGAGACUGUGUAGAGAGAGAGAGAGAGAGAGAGAGAGAAGCGGAGCAAAUGGAAGAUGGAGACAGAGAGCGAUGGAGCAAUUUGCAAAGGAGCCUCGGCCGCAGACGGCCUCGGAGAUAGCUUAAGGUUAGCAGGCCGAGGAGAAGAAGGAGGAGGAGAGAAAGAGAGGAACUUAAAGCCUUACAGGGACACAUGUGGGUGUGUAUGUGUGUCCGGGAGUGUAAAACUGAUGGGUGAUUUGUAAUUUGAAAAGCUCCGCAGACCCAGUUACAUGUAUUUUUAGUUUUUUUUCCUUUUCUACUUCACCGGCAACAGCAGAACAAGGACACAUCACCUACACUGAAAUAAGACGACAGUAUGGCAUUUAGGAGCAGUAUAUAUAUUUCAGCCUUUGUUUCCAGCACCUUCGACUGUGACUGGCUCAUAAAGUGUUUUUAAUAAAAAAGUUUGUUCCAGGUUUGUUCGUUUGCUGUCUGAUCUGA